GGUCACUUGGUUCCGACCCUCGGGGCCGGAGCUCACCUGGGUCAGCCCACUUCCGGGGAGGGAGGUGGAGGAGCCCCUCCCCGCCGCCCACCCCCUAACCCUGCCCUGUGUUCUCACCCUGCGUACCUGGGUCGAUCCAUUCCCCAAAGCCACGGGGGGUGGAGUGGCUCAGAGAUCCACAGUGGGUCAAGCAAGUUUCUCCCCGAAAGCUGGAAGCGUGCUCUUCGUCCACGAUGUUUCCUCUAGUUAAAAUCCUAGAACAGGGUGGGCUUGGAAUAGGAACAAGGAACGGAAGCAGGAAGGGGAGGAGCAGGCACCCCUCCCAGUCUUGGUGCGCGCCGCGCCCCCUACCCUCCCGGUACCUGGGAGGGGACGCGCGGGCCCGACGCGCCCAGACCGGCGAGAUGGCGCCUUUGGCCCGCCGGCUUUUCUGGGGGCGGCUGGGCUCCUGCCCGGCCACCCCGGGCUGGGGCACGGUCGUCUUCGUGUGGCUCUUUCUCAGCACCUUGUGCACAGCCCCUGCCGGCGCCAUCCAGGUGACUGUGUCACAACCCUACCAUGUGGUGAUUCUAUUCCAACCCGUGACCCUGCCCUGCACCUACCAGUCGACCACGACCCCCACGGCGCCCAUCGUGAUCUGGAAGUACAAGUCUUUCUGCCGGGACCGCAUCGCUGAUGCCUUCUCCCCAGCCAGUGUUGACAACCAGCUCAACGCCCAGCUGGCGGCUGGUAACCCGGGCUACAACCCCUAUGUGGAGUGCCAGGACAGCGUGCGCACCGUCAGGGUUGUGGCCACCAAACAGGGCAAUGCCGUGACCCUGGGAGACUACUACCAGGGCCGGAGGAUCACCAUCACAGGAAAUGCUGACCUGACCUUUGACCAGACGGCUUGGGGGGACAGCGGUGUGUACUACUGCUCUGUGGUCUCAGCCCAGGACCUCCAGGGGAACAACGAGGCCUUCGCAGAGCUCAUCGUCCUCGGCAGGACCUCUGGGGUGGCUGAGCUCUUACCCGGUUUUCAGGCGGGGCCCAUGGAAGACUGGCUGUUCGUGGUCGUGGUCUGCCUGGCUGCCUUCCUCGUCUUCCUCCUGCUGGGCAUCUGCUGGUGUCAGUGCUGCCCCCACACCUGCUGCUGUUACGUCAGGUGCCCCUGCUGCCCCGAAAAGUGCUGCUGCCCAGAGGCCCUGUAUGCUGCAGGCAAAGCUGCCACCUCAGGCGUCCCAAGCAUCUACGCCCCCAGCACCUAUGCCCACCUCUCCCUUGCCAAGACCCCGCCGCCCCCAGCCAUGAUUCCCAUGGGCCCUCUGUACAACGGGUACUCUGGAGACUUCGACAGGAAUAGCUCAGUUGGUGGCCACAGCUCCCAGGUACCCCUGCUUCGUGACACAGACAGCAACGUGACCUCUGAAAUCCGUAGUGGCUAUAGGAUUCAGGCCAACCAGCAGGACGACUCCAUGCGGGUCCUGUACUACAUGGAGAAGGAGCUGGCCAACUUUGACUCUUCUCGACCUGGUCCCCCAAAUGGCCGUGUAGAGCGAGCCAUGAGUGAAGUCACCUCCCUCCAUGAGGACGACUGGAGAUCCCGGCCUUCCCGGGGCCCUGCCCUCACCCCGAUCCGGGAUGAGGAAUGGGGUCACCACUCCCCCCGGAGUUCGAGGAGGUGGGAACAAGAGCCCCCCCUGGACCGGCCAGGGAGUGGCUGGGGGGCCGGGCGGCCCCGAGCCCGUUCUGUGGAUGCUCUAGAUGACCUCGCCCGGCCCGGCUCUGCUGAAUCAGGGAGGUCUCCCCCAAGUAGUGGGAGGAGAGGCCGGGCCUGUGCACCCCCCCGAAGCCGCAGCCGUGAUGACCUCUACGACUACGACCAAGACCAAGACGACUCAAGGCACUUCCCACACUCCCGGGAUCCCUACUAUGAUGACUUCAGGUCUAGAGGCCGCCCUCAUGCGGACCCUAGGGCCCGCUACCACCCUUCCCGGGACCUUCCAGAUGAUGGCUCCAGGUCUGGGGACCCCCAAUAUGAUGGGCAGCUACUAGAAGAGGCCUUGAGGAAAAAGGGGCCAGCGGAGAGAAGGAGACCUUACAGGGAGGAAGAAGAGGAAGCCUACCACCCUCCGGCGCCUCCCCCUUACUCUGAGACUGACUCCCAGGCCUCACGGGAGCGGAGGCUUAAGAAGAACUUGGGCCUGAGUCGGGAAAGUUUAGUCGUCUGAUCUCAACGUUUUGUAUGUAACUUUUGUACUUUUUUUAAAAUUUGAGGAACUAUCGAUGAUCUUCUCCUCCUAAGACUAAUAAAACUUAUGAUCACAAGUCCUAA